AUGUCUCAUAACGCCCACCAAAGUAAAAAGACAAAAUCUAAACGCGGUCGAAAACGUAGAACAGUUCCUGAAGAAUCUGACCUUACGGGACGCAACCAUUUCAUGGUAGUAAAUAAACAAAAACGAAGAGUAACAGAAAAAGAUGCCAACUACAAAGGAGAGCGACACCUUUUGCCAACGGUAGAAAAGCCUGUAGAUGAGUCGGCGCAAGAACCAGUCGUUGAACAUGAACAUACAACCAUGGUGAAUAAUAGUAUCGGAAGACAGGAGUUUGCACAGAUG